UCUAUAAAAAGACGUGCCUGACGAUUGGAGAGGCUCCCUUUUUGCGUGUCUCCACCAGCAAAGGUGCAACAGAGAUGGCGAUAGAAUUUGAGACGUUUAAGAUGCCGUACAACCGGGCUAUCCCACUGGGCCUUGAACCGGAGUCAUGGGUGACACUGGAAGGUGUCAUUCCACAGCAAAGCAAAGGGUUCCAAGUGGACUUCACGUACGGCCAGUUCCUCGGAACUAGCAUCCCCCUGCGGUUCAAACUCAGCUUUGAGGGACCCCCAUUUCACUCCGCCGUGGCGAUCCUCAACAGUUUCACAGACAGACAGUGGGGGGAAGCGAACAAGGUGGCCACCCACUUCCGGCAAGGCCAGAGGUUCAAGAUCCAAUUCGUCGUCACCAGUAAAGGCUACAAGGUACUGGAGAACGAUACGUUUCUUUGCGAGUUCAGCCACCGCCUCUCGCCAAAGAGGAUCCGCUUCCUGGAGAUGGACGGGGACAUCAAACUCGAGAAAGUGAUCCUUAGCUGGGAGUUCCGCAUCAGCGAAAAUAGGAACCGCUGCCCGACAUUUGGCGAAGGCUGGCGAGGGUGUGAGCAAGCGUGA